AUGUCGGCUAAGACUCAUAAAACCCGAAAGCAAAGGGGAAGCAGCAAAUAUAUACCAUCGGACAACGAGAGUGAAAAUGUUUCAUCAUUUGAAACUUUAAACCGUUCACUAAAGGGACAAAAUUAUAUAAAAGCCAUUGGAAACUGUAGUUCUGACGAAUAUGCAAAGAAAAAUAAUGGAUGGUCACAUAGUUCAAAGGGCCAUUCUCGUUCGUCAGACCGGAAAAAUACUGCAAAAUGUAUUAUCCAUUCAAUACAUAGGAAGAAACCUCGUCGUAAGAGUCGUAAGAACACCGUUGUCGUUGUUGGUGCUUCGGAAAGCAAUGAACCAAAGAAAAUGAUUAUCCCCAAAAUCGUUGUUCGAAAUCCUACUCAUAAAGUUGUUAAAAUAUUGAAAAAAACCAAUACAACUAGUGAAGGACAUUUGGCACCACCAGUUCCAAAAAAGCGUAAAAAACGAAAUAAUAAUAAAGUUAUUACAGACAAAUAUACCGCUGAAGUUAAAGAUGCUCUUUUAGCAUCAUUUCCAUUACCAUCUUCAUCUAUUCCCCGCAUAUUUAACAAAAAUAUCAAUAUUAUUGGAGCAAUUAAUAUUCAAUCAUUUGGAGUAAAAAAAAUUUCUAAUAAUGCUAUAAUGAGAAUUAUUGUAGACAUCCUUCAACGAUAUGAUAUUGUUUUUUGUCAAGAAAUUCAUGUACCAGAAGGUAAAGAAGGAAUAAUUCAGCAACUUGCAGACUUAGUAUCAACACCCACCACGCCAUAUUCUUUUGUGUUGAGUCGUCCUAUUGGUAAAAAUUCGUAUCAAGAAAGGUAUCUUUACUUGUAUAGACAGAAUGAAUGGAAAGUAUUAGAAGACUAUGUAAUUGAUAAUGAAGAUAAAGAUAAAUUCAUUAGAGAACCUUAUGUUGUCAGAUUUCAGCAUUUAAGAAAGCCCAAUAUGAAAGUUACUCUUGUUGGUUGUCACACACAACCUGAAAAUGCGUUUUAUGAAAUAAAAGCAUUAGUGACUGAUGUAUUUAUUAAUGUGAGAAAGAAAUUAAAAAAGGAUAUUAUACAAGAAAAUGGAAAAACUAUUGGUUUAUAUACUCUUUUACGGCGUUAUUUAUGUUGUUGCUUCGAACAUUUACAAGACACAAAUGAGAUAUCAGAAGAAAACACCCUAUUUGUCGGAGAUAAUGAACCUAUUAUUCUAAUGGGUGAUUUUAAUGCUUCAGGUUCUUAUCUCAACAAAAAAGAACUAUCGGAACUUGAUGGAAUAUUGCAUAAAAACAAUCUGGUUUGGGGAAUUCAACAUUCAAGUGACACCACUGUUGCUGCAGGAUAUGCCGCUUAUGAUCGUUUUGUUUUUGAGGAAGUAAAUAAGCGAAGAUGGAUUGGACAUACUCGUGUAUGGAGAUUCGAUGAGUCUUGGAUAAAUGAAAAGUUUGAUCCAAUUUUGGUCAAGAAUGUAGCAAAACGCAUCACAGACCAUUAUCCUAUUGAAUUUGAAUUGAGAAUUUAA